UUUCAGCAAGCCUCAGGAAUAUAUAACUACCUGAAAUCAACAGUAAUGCUUGCUAUACAGCAAGAUCCGACUCCAGACUUGAAUCCUGAUACUUUGGGCGCCUUAUCUCAGUUAAUGUUAGCACAAGCUCAACAAAUUUUUGUACAUAAAGCCAUUCAUGAUAACAUGAAAGAUUCCAUUGUUGCCAAAUUGGCUUCCCAAUGUGAAGAUUUGUAUGCAGAAACGUUGAAAACGUUCCAGAGAGAAAAUCUGAAAAAUAUUUGGGAUAAAGAAUGGAUUCCUAUGAUUGCUGGUAAGCAAGCAGCUCUAGGUGCUAUUGCUGAAUUUUAUCAAAGUUUGGUUUGCAAAUCUAAUAAAAAUAUUGGACAAGAGAUAUCCAGAUUAAGGAGAGCAAAUGAACUACUUAGAGCCUCUCAAACCCGUUCAGGUAGAACUCUUUUUGGUGAAAUCGCAUUGAAAGUCGAAAGAAAUCUCGCAGAAGCUGUCAAAGAUAACGAUUUCAUUUAUCAUGAAAUCAUUCCGGACAUAAAGUCGGUCGAUUCCAUCGGCAAAGCUCAGCCGGCAAAAGUUUUACCUCUCGCGCAUCCCAUGAGUCAAAACUUUAGCGAUGUAUUUACCGAAUUGGUUCCGGUAGCUGUUCAUCAAGCACUGGCAUCUUAUGAUAUUCGAAAAACUGAGAUUGUCAAUACAGAAAUUUCGAAGCUUAGAGAGGCGAGUCAAAUGCUAAAUGGAUUGUUGGCUAGUUUGAACUUACCAGCAGCUAUUGAAGUAACGAGUGGGGGAAGCGAAGUGCCACCAUCGAUUUUGGAAAAGGCCAAUGCAGUUAGUUCUUUAGGUGGUAUAACUGAACUUAAAAGAAUGAUCGAUGAACUACCAGAACUGUUAAAAAGGAAUCAAGAUAUUUUGGAUGAAACGGACAGAAUGUUAAACGAAGAAAAAUCUUCAGAUGAUCAACUACGUACUCAAUUCAAAGACAAAUGGAAUAGAACACCAUCUGAUAAACUGACAGAGAUGUUCAGGUCAAAUUCGGCUAAAUACAGACAAAUCAUUAACAACGCAGUAACUGCUGAUAAAACUGUUAGAGAGAAGUUUGAUACCCACAAGAGUGGCAUGGAAUUGUUAAGUACAGGUUCUGAUGCUAUUCAAACUGCUCUGCCCAGUGGAGGAUCUGGAAACGUUCAAAAUUCUUCAGCAGUGCAGACUUUAAGACAGUUAAUGGAAGAGGUUGAUGUAUUAAAAGCUGAACGGGCAACCAUUGAAGACGAUCUGAAAAAUCCCACGACUGACAUGAAAGAAACAUUUCUUAGUGCCUUGGCUAAAGAUGGUGCAAUAAACGAGGCAGCUAUAUCUUUUGAAAAUUUAGGCAAAACAUUCGGAGCGCUUCAGAAACAAGUGGCUGAGAGUAUCGAAAAACAAACUCCUCUGGUCCAGAAAAUACAACAAACACAUUCCCAAUUUGUAUCUGAAAGAGGAUCCACUGCAGGAGGAAGAGAACAAAUGAUGUGCUCACUCGCUUCUGCACAUGAUGCUUUCAUGGAUUUACAGAAGAAUUUAAUAGAAGGUACCAAAUUCUACAAUGACCUCACUCAGAUGUUGGUAACCUUUCAAAAUAAAGUAUCGGACUUCUGUUUUGCUAGAAGAACUGAAAAAGAAGAGCUGCUCAAAGAUCUUACACAAGCAAGUAGUAGAACUACUCCUGUUCAACCUUCAACUCCGAACUAUUACUCGGAUCCCCCUAAACCGGCCAAUUCAACUCCAACAUCACCACCAAGCAAUGCACCUCAAGCUCCUGGAUAUUUACCAUAUCCUGUUCAAACUCAAGGAAUGCCUGUACCCUAUGGAGCGACAUCUAAUGUUCCGUACCCUACUUAUGUGCCUCCGCCCAUGCCUCAAGGAUACAAUCCAUAUGGAACCAUUCCAUACCCAUGUGAGUAUUAUAGUAAA